AUGCCUUCGCUUCAGGCAGGGGGUGGUAAACAGACGUGUGCUACCCUGUCCGAUGACCGACCCUGCUUCCGCCGGAUGUGCGAGCGCCAGGUUCAUUCUGGGGGUGGGACGGCCGGAAGCAACGUCUGUGGACUGCCCAAGAGGACGGUCACGAGGGGUAAUGUAUCCGACGGCUCAUCUCGGCCCGUCGAUAGACCUUCUAUGGGACCCGUAGUUGGGCCGUAG